AUGGACUUCAGAAAGUACAUUCCAGCCAUGGAGAACAAGAGGAACCUCCACAUAUGGGUCAUUGAGAACCUGGAGAUGGUGCCAGUCCCCAGGAGGGCUUAUGGGAGCUUCUUCGAAGAACACUGUUACAUCAUCCUCCACGUCCUCCAGAGCCUGACGGCCCAGCAGGGGGCGUGCCGCAUCGACCUGCACUGCUGGAUCGGGAGGAACACCGACGCCAAGGCGCAGGUCGCAGCCGAAGCCUUCCUGCAGCACCUGGCCACGUUUUCCCGGGCCACCGUCUGGAAAAGCCUGGUGCAACACCGCGAAGUGCAGGGCCACGAGUCUGACUGCUUCCGCAGCUACUUCCGCAAUGGGAUCCUCUACAGGAAAGAAGGCUUCACUGCUGCCGCCAGCCACGCAGAGAGUCACAGGUACAGCACCCAGCGGCUGCUGCACGUCAGCGGGAAGACGCACGUGUCUGCCAGGGAGGUGGCGCUGUCCUGGAACAACCUUAAUAAGAAUGGCAUCUUCCUGCUGGACCUGGGUGAGAUGAUGAUCCAAUGGAACGGACCCAACGCCAGCACUUCGGAGAAGUUACGGGGACUGGUGCUGGCCUGCAGCCUCCAGGACAGGGAGCAAGGAGGCCCUUCUCAGAUUGGUGUGGUCGACAACGAGAGCAAAGCCCCCGAGCUCAUGAAGAUCAUGAGGGCUGUGCUGGGCUGCCGAGUCGGCGGCUUGCGUGCUGCCCCACCCGCCAAGGGGAUUACCGAGAUGCAGAAGGCCAAUGUCCACCUCUACUAUGUCUACAAGAAAGAUGAGAACCUGGUGGUCCAGGAGCGGGCAGCCUGCCCACUGACCCGAGACCUGCUGCAGGAGGAGAAGUGCUAUCUCCUGGACCAGGGGGGCUUCAGGAUCUACGUGUGGCAGGGUCGCCGCUCCAGUCUGCUGGAGAAAACGGCUGCCUUCAGCCGGGCUCUGGACUUCAUCCAGGCCAAGGGCUACCCGACCUACACUAACGUGGAGGUGGUGAACGAGGGGGCCGAGUCCAUUGAGUUCCAGCAGCUCUUCCAAACCUGGAACAAAGUGCCGCUAGAGAAUAGAAACCAAAAUGAGAGGGGUCAACGGAAUCCAGUCAAGAUGAACAUGAAAAAGCCGCCGCGCUGUUCUGAGCUUGCAGCCCAGUUCCGCAUGGUGGACUCUGGCUCAGGAAAGGUGGAGGUGUGGUGCAUACAACACCACGGCCGGCAGCCCAUGGACCCCAGGUGUCACGGACAGCUGCAUGCAGACAACUGCUACCUGGUCCUCUACACCUACCAGAGGAUGAGCUACGAUCAGCAUGUUCUCUACCUGUGGAAGGGCCUUCAUGUCGAUGCGCAGAAGAUCAUGGCCCUGAAGAGCCACACCGAGGAGCUGGACAUCCAGUACCACAGGGCUCUGGUGCAGGUGCACGUGACCAUGGGCAGUGAGCCCCCCCACUUCCUGGCCAUCUUCAAGGGCCGCCUGGCCAUUUUCCAGAAGAACCCCGCACUCACUGGAAAGGGGCAAUGGCCAGCUGUCAUCCGCCUCCUCCGUAUCCAAGGCACCGAAUACCACAACACCAAGACUGUGGAGGUGCCAGCCCGCGCCUCAGCACUUCACUCUGAUGACAUCUUCCUGCUCCUCACGCCGGGCACCUGCUACCUCUGGUUUGGGAAGGGCUGUCACGGUGACCAGCGUAUGAUGGCGCGGAGGGUGGCCUCUACCAUCUCGGAGAAGAAACAGGAAAUGGUGCUGGAGGGUCAAGAGCCUCCCCACUUCUGGGAGGUCCUGGGAGGCUGUGCCCCGUACCCCAGGAACAAGAGGCUCCCAGAGGAGGAUCCCAGCUUCCCGCCACGACUGUUCGGGUGCUCCAGCCAGUCGGGCUGCUUGGUCCUCACGGAAGUGCUGUUCUUCCAACAAGAGGAUCUGGACAAGUAUAGCAUCAUGCUGCUUGACGCCUGGCAGGAGGUGUUCCUGUGGAUCGGGUCAGCAGCGAGAGAAGCAAAGGAGGCGCUGGCCUGGGGCCGGGAGUACCUGAAGACCCAUCCAGCGAGGAGGAGCCUGGCCACCCCCAUCGUGCUGGUCAGGCAGGGUCACGAGCCCACCACCUUCACCAGCUGGUUCCUCUCCUGGGACCCCAACAAGUGGACCAACAACCAGUUCUAUGAGAAGGUGGUGGAGAGCAGCCUGGAAGGAGGCCCCCUGGAUCAUACCGGCCUUUAAGGCUCCCCAGGACAGCUCAGAGAAUGAGCCGGAGCUGGGUUCCAAGAUAGGCAGCCACGGCUGCGACCACAGCGAUACCAGGCUCGCCGGGCCCGGGAGCCUGCCCCGAGAACAGCUGAUGCACCAGGCCGCCAAGGACC